GGUGCGGCUCAGCACCGUCUAACGGUGAACCGGCUACUUAUUAUUAUUGCCCCUAAACACGACUUAACCAUAGUAGUAGAGCUAGGGUUCAAGAACUGGACGUUCCAAUUGUGCGACGAUUACCUUCCCUUCCCCAGGGAGGAGAUCCUUUUGGUGAUGUUUGGUCCCUGACUUUUGGAGUUGCUUCGGGUAGUGGUUCAGAUCUUUGUUUACAUCCAUAUAUUUGAGAAAUUACGAGGCAGUUUUCAUUAUGACUCCAGAUAGAAGUAGAAGCCCUCCACGAGCCAAGAGGUUUCGUAGCAAUGAACGUGCAUCUUACCGUGAUGCACCUUACCCAAGGGAUCGCCGCACGUACCGGCAAGAUUAUCUGUGUAAUAAAUGUAAACGACCUGGGCAUUUUGCCAGAGAUUGUCCAAAUGUGACUGUUUGCAACAACUGUGGACUUCCUGGUCACAUUGCUGCUGAGUGCACAUCAACAACCAUGUGUUGGAACUGUAAGGAGCCAGGUCACCUCGCAAGUGAAUGCCACAAUGAUCCAGUCUGCCAUAUGUGCGGUAAAAUGGGUCACCUGGCUCGUGAUUGCUCUAACCCAAGUCUGCCUGCUCACGAUGCAAGACUCUGCAACAAUUGUUACAAGGCAGGCCACAUUGCCGCCGAUUGCACCAACGAGAAGGCUUGCAACAACUGUCGUAAAACCGGUCACCUUGCCCGUGACUGCCCAAACGAUCCCGUCUGUAACAUCUGCAAUAUAUCAGGUCAUGUGGCGCGCCAAUGCCCCAAGUCAAGCUUGCCGCCACCAGAAAUGGUGGGGGGUCCUUUCCGUGACAUAAUAUGUCGUAAUUGUGGUCAUCCGGGUCACAUCAGCCGCGACUGUGUAUCGAUUGUCAUAUGCAACAACUGUGGUGGGAGGGGUCAUCAAGCGCAUGAGUGCCCUUCUGUCCCGAUGUUUGAUCGCGGCCUUCGUAGGUAUUGAUGAUGAAUUUGGUUGGUAGUAUUUAUUGUUGGAACUACUAAAUUUGAGAGUUGCGAUAUGAUUUUGGCUGUGGAUUGAUUGAAUCUGAACAAGAAUGGUGGUGGUCUUUUUGAAAUUGAAAUGAUUUGAGGCAUGCAUAGGCACAUUUGUUUGUGUGUGCAAGUUUGUGUAGGGUUUUCUGUUUUGACAUGGCUUUUAUUGAUGUGAUUAGGGUUUUGGAUCUUUUUCAUUCUUGGAAUUUUUUGCUUGCAAUUAUCUUAUUGUGUGCUAUACGUUGUAACCACUCAUGAUUUGUCUUAUUGUGUGCUAAAAUAGUGCUAUGAGCCUAUGACUAA